GUAUAUGAUUUAGGUGUUGCAAUUUAUAAAAUGAUAGUUCUAAUUUCUUGUCUUAAUCAAUUUUCCGCGGUAACGGGAAAUCAAAAAAUCAAGAAAAAGAAAUGCAAGACUGAUUCAGAAGUUAGUAAUUAUUAUGAAUACUUAGUUAUUACUUUUAUUCAAACAAUUCAGGUGAUCAAGUUGAAAUCAAUUCAAAUUUCAGACAGAUUGAAAUGGCUCAAAUACAAGCACGGAUCAAGAAUCAGUUGCAUUGCAAUUUAUCCCACGAAGUCAUGUAUAGCUAUUGGAGAUUAUAAAGGAAGAAUUACUUAUUGGUAA